AUGAGUGAAGCGGAUCGGGUGCCCUCGCCCGCCGCGCCGCCGGCGGUGGCGGCGACUGCGCCCGAGGAGAAGAAAGGGAAGGAACCCGAGCGUGAGAAGCUGCCGCCCAUCGUGUCGGCGGGCGCCGGUGCCCCUGCGGGUUUGGACAGAGGAUUCAAAGGCCAGAUUUCUGCUUUCAGCAGUGUUAUUUCAACUGUUAACCAAAAGAAAGAAGCGACUGAAAACAGAAGUUCACCUACACAUCUUGUUUUCCCUAACAUCAAGAAUGUGAGAGACCUACCACCAAUUUCCCUUGAUGUUAGACAAAAACAGCGCAUCUCCACAGAUCCAUUAUCGUCUGAAAUAAAAGCCCCAGUUCUUCCAGAACCCAUCCUUCCAGUUCAGCCCAAAACUAUGAAAGACUUUCUGGAAGAUGUAGAAAAAGCUAAGUCAUCAGGAGAUUGGAAAACAGUAUAUGAUUUUUAUCUUACAACAUUUGAUUCUUUUCCAGAACUAAGUGCUGCAUUUAAGAAAGAUGCCUCUGCCUCGUUUAAUACUAUUGAAGACUCUGGGAUUAAUGCUAAAUUUGUGAAUGCUGUAUAUGAUGCCUUACUUAAUACUCCUCAAGACAUUCAGAAGACAGUAUUAAAGGGAAUCAUUAACAGCCUGUUACAAGAAUGGAAAGGUCCACGAACAAAAGAUGAUCUAAGAGCAUAUUUUAUACUUUUACAGAAUCCUCAGUUUAAUAACACAUCUACGUAUGUCAUCUAUGCCCACUUGCUACGACAGACAGCCAGCUUAGUGGAAGCUGACCAUCAUUUCCUAGCUCACUGGUUUAAAAAAUUAUCCCAGAAGAGGUUCAAACCAUUGGUAGAGAGAUUGCUGCAGUUUAUUUCUUUACGCCUGUUUCCUGCAAAACCUGAAGAAUUUCCACCUAUAUCAAAGUGUUCGUGGUGGAUCCCAUCAGCAUCUAAAGUAUUGGCUUUACUUAAUACUGCAAACAAUUUGGUUCACCCUCCCCUUAUUCCUUAUACUGAUUUCUAUAAUUCUACAUUGGAUCACAUUGACCUCAUGGAAGAAUACCACACCUGGCAGAGCUUUGGAAACUCUCACAGGUUUUCCUUCUGUCAGUACCCAUUCGUUAUUUCUAUAGCCGCAAAAAAAAUCAUUAUUCAAAGAGACUCAGAACAACAGAUGAUAAGCAUCGCAAGGCAAAGUCUGGUGGAUAAAGUAUCUCGAAGACAGAGACCUGAUAUGAAUAUGUUAUUUCUAAAUAUGAAAGUAAGGCGGACACAUCUGGUGAGCGACUCUCUUGAUGAGUUAACUCGGAAAAGAGCAGAUCUGAAAAAGAAGUUGAAAGUUACAUUUGUAGGGGAAGCUGGUUUGGAUAUGGGUGGCUUGACUAAAGAAUGGUUCCUCCUCCUCAUUCGCCAGAUUUUUCAUCCAGAUUAUGGCAUGUUUACGUAUCAUAAGGAUUCAUACUGCCAUUGGUUUAGCAGCUUUAAAUGUGAUAACUAUUCUGAAUUCCGAUUGGUUGGAAUUCUUAUGGGACUAGCUGUUUAUAACAGCAUUACUCUGGAUAUUCGUUUCCCCCCCUGCUGCUAUAAGAAAUUAUUGAGCCCUCCCAUCGUUCCUAGUGAUCAAAAUACGCCAGUAGGCAUCUGCAGUGUUACCACUGACGACUUGUGUCAAAUUAUGCCUGAGUUGGCCCAUGGAUUAAGUGAACUCCUGUCAUAUGAAGGCAACGUUGAAGAAGAUUUCUAUUCCACAUUUCAGGUGUUUCAAGAAGAAUUUGGAAUAAUUAAGUCCUAUAAUUUAAAGCCAGGUGGUGAUAAAAUUCCAGUUACCAAUCAAAAUAGGAAAGAAUAUGUACAGCUUUAUAUUGACUUUCUUCUCAACAAAUCCAUCUAUAAGCAGUUUGCUGCAUUUUAUUACGGAUUUCAUAGUGUGUGUGCUUCAAAUGCCCUAAUGCUGCUUCGCCCAGAAGAGGUUGAAAUUCUGGUCUGUGGAAGUCCUGAACUGGAUAUGCAUGCCCUCCAGAGAAGUACACAGUACGAUGGUUACGCAAAAACUGACUUGACUAUCCGAUACUUUUGGGAUGUUGUGCUUGGAUUUCCUCUUGAUCUUCAAAAGAAGUUGUUACAUUUUACUACAGGAAGUGACAGAGUUCCUGUAGGAGGAAUGGCUGAUUUAAACUUUAAAAUCUCAAAGAAUGAAACUUCUACGAACUGGUUGCCUGUGGCCCACACCUGCUUCAAUCAACUUUGCCUUCCCCCCUACAAGAGCAAAAAGGACCUGAAACAGAAAUUGAUCAUUGGAAUUUCAAAUUCAGAAGGUUUUGGACUGGAGUAA